UAUACGAAUAACAAUUAAAGAAAUUUUUCUUCGUUUGGCAACAGCAGUUUUAGGUCUUACAAUGUUCAAGAUGGAUGAGAGUCAAAUGCAAGAUAUCUGCCGUGUUUGUAGGUCUGAAGCAACACCAGAAAAACCUUUAUAUCAUCCAUGUAUUUGCACAGGUAGCAUAAAAUUUAUACACCAAGAAUGUUUACUGCAAUGGCUGAAGUAUAGUAGAAAAGAAUAUUGUGAAUUAUGCAAUCACAGAUUUUCUUUUAUGCCAAUUUAUUCACCAGAUAUGCCAAAGAGACUUCCUAUAAAAGAUAUAUUUAGCGGGCUUUUACGAAGUUUAGGAACUGCUGUCAGGUUUUGGCUUCAUUACACAUUAGUAGCAGUUGCAUGGUUAGGAGUUGUUCCGCUAACAGCAUGUCGAAUAUAUCGCUGCCUCUUCACAGGAUCUUUAAGCUCAAUUUUAAGUCUACCUCUUGACAUACUUUCUACAGAAAAUGUCUUUUCUGACAGCUUGUAUGGUUGUUGUGUAGUAACUUGCACACUUUGUGCCUUUAUAAGCUUGGUGUGGCUUAGAGAACAGAUUCUACAUGGUGGUGGUCCUGAGUGGCUAGAACAAGAACAGGAAGCUGCUUUACAUAAUAUGAUAGAUCCACCUGCAGAAUUUGCAAAUAACAACAUUCAACCAAAUGCACAACAGAAUGGUGCAGAAAAUGAUGAUGAAAUAGGGGGUAAUGGCAACAAUGAAGUAAAUAAUGGUGCCCAAGCAGAUGUUAAUAACUGGAAUCCUAUAGAAUGGGACCAUGCAGCUGAAGAAUUGACAUGGGAACGUCUGCUGGGUCUUGAUGGUUCUCUUGUUUUUUUGGAACAUGUUUUUUGGGUUGUGUCUCUCAACACACUUUUUAUUGUUGUUUUUGCAUUUUGUCCGUAUCACAUUGGCCAAUUAUCGCUAUCAUGUUUGGGUUUCAAAGAGCUCACUACUGCACCAGAAUUUGAAGGGCUUCUGACUACGCUUUUUGGUUAUAUCAACAUCGGAAUUGUAUUGGCUUUGCUUCAUGGAGCAGCUGCUUUAAUUAGAUUAAACAAAACCAGGAGAUUGGUUGGAAUAUGUUAUGUUGUAAUAAAAGUUUCACUUUUAUCAGUCAUUGAGAUUGGAAUUUUCCCUCUUGUUUGCGGUUGGUGGUUGGAUAUCUGCUCUUUGACUAUGUUAGAUGCUACUAUUCAUGAUAGAGAAGCUGGUUUCAGACUUGCACCUGGGACAUCUAUGUUCAUUCAUUGGCUUGCAGGAAUGGUAUAUGUGUUCUACUUUGCUUCCUUUAUUUUAUUGCUGCGAGAAGUUUUGCGUCCUGGUGUCUUGUGGUUUUUGAGGAAUCUUAAUGAUCCUGACUUCAACCCCAUUCAAGAAAUGAUUCAUUCACCAAUUUUAAGGCACAUUCGCAGAGUUUUGGUUUCAUUAGUGACAUUUGGAACAACUAUUCUAUUAGUUGUUUGGCUUCCUGUCAGAAUAAUUGAAAAAUUAGCUCCAGGCUUCCUUCCAUAUCAUGUAGUGCUUUCCAGUGAAAUGCCAUACAGUGAACUGUCAUUAGAAUUAGUUUUACUGCAAGUUGUGUUACCUGCUUUAUUAGAGCAAGGUCAUAUGAGGCAGUGGUUAAAAUUCUUUGUUCGCGCUUGGUGCAUAGGAGUCUCUUACAUCUUAGACAUUCGUUCAUAUCUGCUGGGUGAUGUUAAUAUCGGAGAACAGGAGUCGGAUGCUGCUGCAGCUCCCGCUGCCCCUGUGGAGGGUGAUGCUCCAGAAGGAUUUCAAGCGGGUGCUUUAGCUGCUGCUCAUCAAGCUCUGUUUCAACCAGUUAGCCCAUCUGGAUUCCAGCCUUACAAAAGACCUCGAUUUUUGCCAUUUAAAAUUGUUUGCUUGAUAUUUUUCAUCUGCAUUAGUUUAACUCUGGGCAGCUUGAUUAUGAUUACCGUACCAGUUUUUGUUGGCCGUCGACUGAUGUCUUUGUGGCUUGGAAACACCAAAGUUCAUGAACUUUAUACCAUUGGCUGUGGAUUAUAUGUUUGCUGGAUUAUGCUUCGUCUUUGCACUCUGUUAUGGAGCUGGAUUCCUAGAGGCUGGAAUACAAUAUCUUCCAAAAUGAGAGAAUGGUUGAUAAUCUCUGUCAAAAUGCUGUGUGCCAUGAGUGUAUUGCUUGGUCUUAUUCCAAUUUUAAUGGGCCUCUUGCUUGAUUUGAUUUUAACUGUGCCAGCUAGAGUGGCAUUGAACCAGACUCCAUUGAUAUCAAUAUGGCAGGAUUGGGCUAUCGGAGUACUGUUAACUAAAACAUUCUGUGCUGUUGUAUUAGUUGGACCUAAUUGGUGGAUGAAACGAGUAAUAGAACAGGUAUAUUUAGGAGGAAUACGUAACAUCAAUCUGCAGUCAAUUUUCAUGGAUCUAUGCCUACCAGUGAUAAUCGUCUUGGGCUUAUCUCUCUCUAUACCAUAUAUAAUUGCUUGCAGUAUCAUUCCAAUGUUCGCAUCUAGCUUUGAACUUCAAAAUCUUGUGCUACGUAGAAUUUAUCCAGCUCUCUUGGUACUUUUUAUGACUGUUGGUGCAAUAGUUUUCCAAAUACGCCAAUUUCUCCGUUUGUACGAGCAUAUUAAAAAUGAUAAAUACUUAGUCGGCAAGAGAUUGGUUAAUUACGAGCACCGUAAACUUGCUCCUAAUGUAGCAAUGCCUCCUACAGAAGAAAAUACUGUGGCAUCUUGAGAGUUUAUGAAUCCAUCUUAAAGACUCUUUUUAAAAUGAAAAAAAAAAAAAAAAAAGGUGCAAAGGAUAAGGAAAAAGAGAACAUGGAAACUGUGUUGAUUAUACACAUUUCAAAAUCUGAUCUUAGGAUUCACCAAAGCCUUGACAUACCACUCAGCAGAGGAAAGUAUCUGUCUGAAUGUGAAAAAGAUUUUUAGUGAUAACGCCUUGGUAGUUGUCUAAUGAAAAGUAAUAAAAUUCCGCAAACGAGAAAAAUUUGAUCAAUGUUUUCUAUGUAUUCAUGUUUUAUCUUGCUGUAAUUUCCUUUCAAAGAUAUCUCAUUUUUUGGCACUGGAUUUGCAAUUUUAUAAGCUCUUGUUUUAUUUUUGAAGACAUUUCUUUGUUAAAUUUUUUUUCCUGUUAAUUACUUAAAACUGCAAUGUUAUACUGUAUUCCUUGUAUAUAGUGGUUGGAUCUUGUUUUUCCUUUCCGUAUAUGUAUAUCAUAGAUGCUGUAUGGCUUAAGAUUUCUGGAUUAAAUUUGUUGUUUCUCCAUUAUCUGUGAUUCAAGUUAUACUGUCUAUCCUCAACUGUAGAUAAACUUCCUGUUUUUAUGUCUUUAAAAGAUAUAUGAAUGUUUGUAUGAAAAAUGAGUAAAUGUUUUUUUUUCUUUCCUCCUGCUUUUCCAUCUUUUUGAUGAUGAAUUUUAAAAUAUUGCUUUUGUCUGGAAUAUUACUGCCCAGGGGUUUAGAUUCAUGAUAUUUAAGUGAAGUAAUAUCAUUAGAAAGGCAUUUAGCUGCAUAAAAGAUAUUGUGCUGAAAAAUUCCCCCAGGAAAGUUUUUUGAAUUUCGUCUUUGAAAUUCGUUUGUCUCCAAAUAUGUCAGAUUAUCGACUUUGGUCUCUGAAUAGGAAAUUCCGGAUUAUUUAAAAAAAAAUCAAUAAAAUUUUAUAUUGUUCUUGAAAACUAUCGUAGAAAUUCGGUGAAGAAUUCUUCUUCUAAUACAGAAUGGUUAGGAAACUAUGCAUUAAAAUUAUUGCUUAUAUCAUCUUUGAAAAGUUCUGCAAAAAGAAAAAAAGAGCUUUUUAUGAUACUAUUUCCAUUUAAAAGAAGAAAAGAAUGCUUUUAAAUAGCAUUAUAUCAUUUUAAUUUUGAAGAUAGAAUGAUAGUUUUAUCUAAUAUUUGUUAAUUGCUGUAUAUUUAUUUAUAAACCUUUUUUUGUGUAUUUGUUACUUUGAUAACUGAGCUGUGCUGUUUGUGUAACUAGGCAAAUAUUUUAAUGCUCGCUCACAUCAGUUUUGCUAAAUUUUCAUUUUUGUUUUAUGUUCAUGUUAAUAGGUUUAUUCCUUAUCAUCUAGUCGAUGUACUUAAGUAAUGAGUACGAAUUGUAUAAAUAAGUUGAAUUUAUUUUUAAAUAAUUUUUUGAUAUAUAUAUAUUUCAAAAUAUUGGUCAGCAGGAGAUUUAUGUUAUACGUAAACUGGCACCAACUUUAUUAAAUUUUAUAAUAGUGCAUAAGUUAGCGCUUAUUUCCCUAGCUUUUUUUUUUUUUUUUUUUUUUUUUUAAUAUUUAGGAAAGUAACUGUUUACUCGCCCACCCUCCAAGUGAAAGGUUUUGUUUUAAAGUUCUGAAAAAAUCAAAUUUUCCCUUUGUAUAUUGUAUUUGUAAAUAUAUAUAUUUUUAAACUUGAAUGACUUGAUUUAAAAGUUGUGUUGUGUGUCUGAAAUAAUGAGAAAAAAAUACUUGAAUGUUUGAAAUUUCAUGUUUAAUAGAUAUUGAGAAUGUGAAGAAAACUCUUUUGCAAGUGUUUUGUUUCAAUUAUAAUUUUCAAUUGAUUUAAAAAAAUAUAUUUAAAUGUUUGGCAAUGGAAACAUUCUAAUAAUCAUUUUUUGCUUACUAUAUUUGUGUAUAUGAUAUAUAGAAAUAUUUCUUCAGUUCAAGAAUUUAUCAUAAAAAUGUGAUUUUUUUUUUUUAAUACUUCCUGGGAGGGAUUUAUGCUUCAUUAAAAACUUUUGAACGUAGUAGAAAGUUUGUACACUAGUUAAACAACCCACAUAAAUGAGGUAAUGAAUAUGUUUGUUACAUGAAUAUAUCCUAAAAUAAAGGGAAGUUGUAAAUAUUUAGUGGUAAGAAUUAGUUUCAAACUUGUAUUUUUGUUUCAUUAUUUUACUGAAUAAUUUUUCCCUGUUAUCACAUUUUAAAGUUAUUUAUAUUAGUAUUUGGAUAUACUAAAAUUGGAUCAAAUUUAAUUUAUUUCUGAAAAAUGAAUGUUGAAUUUGUGUGAGGGAAACUCAUUCUUGCAUUGUUUCUGUAUAUAU